AUGAACUACCUACGCCGUCGACUCUCGGACAGCAAUUUCAUGUCCAACCUGCCCAAUGGCUACAUGAGCGAUCUCCAACGGAACGACCCGCCGCAGCAGAGCCCUGCAGUGUCACCCGGGCCGUCGGAGAGGCGCCAGUCCACCACCGGCACCCCGCAGCCGCAGCCUCAGCAGCUGCAGCCUCAGCAGCCGCAGCAGCCGCAGCAGCAGCAGCAGCAGUCUGCAGGUGCAGGCGCUGGCUUCUUCUCCUCCAUAUCCAACGCUGUCAAGCAGACCACAGCUGCCGCGGCCGCCACCUUAUCCGAGGCGGCGGACCGGGCAGGGGUCUCCAGCAGCGCCAAGAUCCUCCUGGUCAUCGAUGAGCAGCAGACCGACUGGGUGAAGAUCUUCCGAGGAAGAAAGAUCCACGGGGAAUUCGACAUCAAGGUGGAACAGGCUGAAUUCUCUGAAAUCAGCCUGGUGGCGGAUUCUACAGGCAGCUACAAUGUGGACAUCGAUGCAAUCAGGAACGGACAUAAGGUUACUAAGUCCAUCAAGCCAGACUUUGUGCUGAUCAGACAGCACGCCUUCAGCAUGGACAAGAACGGAGACCAUCGUAACAUCGUGAUUGGCCUGCAGUACGCUGGACUGCCUAGUGUUAACUCUUUGCACUCUGUCUACAACUUCUGUGACAAGCCGUGGGUGUUUGCUCAGAUGUCUAGACUGUGUAAGCAACUAGGCCCAGAGGAGUUCCCACUGAUUGAGCAGGUUUACUAUCCAAACCACAAGGAAAUGAUCACCUCCCCUCACUUCCCUGUAGUGGUAAAGAUGGGCCAUGCCCACUCAGGAAUGGGAAAGGUGAAAGUAGACAAUCAAUAUGAUUUUCAAGAUAUUGCCAGUGUGGUGGCACUGACCAAGACUUACGCCACAUCUGAGCCUUUUAUUGAUGCAAAGUAUGACGUCCGCAUCCAGAAGAUUGGAAACCAUUACAAGGCUUACAUGAGAACGUCUAUUUCUGGUAACUGGAAAACCAACACUGGCUCAUCUAUGCUUGAGCAGGUGGCCAUGUCAGACAAGUACAGAAUGUGGGUGGACUCUUGUGCCGACAUCUUCGGAGGGCUGGAUAUCUGUGCUGUGGAGGCUCUACAUGGCAAAGAUGGCAAGGACUACAUUAUAGAGGUUGACGACUGUUCCAUGCCACUGAUUGGGGACCAGCAGGAUGAAGAUCGCGUACAGAUUGCAGAACUGGUGGUCUCUCAGAUGAACCAGACUGUUCCACGCACUUCCAGCUCUUCGACUGUCCGUGCCACUGCAGGCCAACCAGCACAGAAACCAGUGUCUCCUCAGCCUGUUUCUCAGCCAAGAGUACCACAGACUCAGCAGCGCCCCUCACCUCAGGGUGGUCCUCAGCAAAGUCCCCCAUCUCAGCAGCGCCCACAGCCUCAAGGUCAACCACCUGCACAGGCCCAGCAGUCUGUUACUAGCCCUGCUACAGCUGAGCCCGGUGCCCAGGCCAAGGCUCAUCAAGGACCUGUAGCACAGCCGAGGCAACAAGGUCAGGGAGCUCCUCCAGGUCAGAGAGCUUCCUCCGGUCAGGGCUCUCCUCAGCGAAGCCAGGGAGGUUCCCCUCAAACUCAGAGGCAACAGUCUGCCUCCCAGCAGAAACCACCUGCAGGAGGCCCUGGCCAGAAACCUGCAGGUGGCCAACCCCAACAGCAGAGGCCUACCCAGCCUACUAGGCAGCAGUCACAGGGGGGUUCACAGCGGUCUCAAGGUCGCCCUGGAGGGCCGACCACCCAGCAGCCUCGGCCUGCUGCUCCAGGCCAGGGGGCCCCAGGUGGACGACCUCCACUGCAGCAAAAGCCUCAGCCUCCACAGAAACCAAGCCAGGACAACCCGCCUAUGGGCGGCUCUCCACAACUAAACAAAUCCCAGUCUCUUACCAAUACCUUCAACAUUCCAGAAACCCCAGCGCCACGAGCCAGCCUUAGCCAGGACGAGGUGAAGGCCGAAACCAUACGCAACCUGCGCAAAUCCUUUGCCAGUCUCUUUUCAGACUGA